UCACGGAUCUGUACGUAUAUACUCUGUUGUCCUGACAAUGGCUUCACCAGAGUAUGGGUCGAUGGAUGUUUCGACAUGAUGCACUACGGCCAUGCCAACGCAUUGCGACAGGCCAAGGCUAUGGGUGAUUAUCUUGUGGUAGGCGUGCAUUCGGAUGCCGAGAUUGAAAAGAACAAGGGUCCCACGGUCAUGCGUGAACAGGAACGAUAUGAUGCGGUGGCUGCUUGCAAGUGGGUCGAUGAAGUGGUGCCUAAUGCUCCUUAUAACACAACAGUGGAGAUUUUGCAAAAGUACAACAUUGACUUUUGUGUUCACGGCGAUGACAUCACCACCAUGGCGGACGGCACGGAUUGUUAUCAAGCCGUCAAGGAUGCUGGUUUAUACCGAGAAUGUAAACGUACAAAGGGAGUGUCAACUACCGAACUGGUGGGACGCAUGUUGCUCAUGACCAAGGACCAUCAUAAGCGACCAUUGACGCCCAAUACUUCGUCUAUUCUUGCAAUCAAUUCACAAAACUUGGACAUGUUUUCCGCAAGCGGCCCCGUCGCCCAACGCACCGCCGUAUACCACUUUUUGCCGGCUUCAAAGCGAAUUGUUCAAUUUUCGGAAGGUCACAGUCCCAAACCCACGGAUCGCAUCAUUUAUGUGGACGGCACAUUUGAUCUGUUCCACGUCGGUCACGUCGAGUUCCUUAAGCGGGCCAAAGCACUGGGCGAUUAUAUGAUUGUUGGCAUUCAUGAUGAUCAGACCGUGAAUGCAAUCAAAGGCGCCAACUACCCGCUGAUGAAUCUCCUGGAACGCGCUCUCAGCGUAUUAGCUUGUCGCUACGUAGAUGAAGUGAUCAUUGGCGCUCCAUACAGUGUGGGUGAUGAGAUUCUGUUGGGUGAGCAUAAAGUGGACCUGGUGAUUCACGGAAAUCAUCCAUCGGGACCGGACAUCGACGGAAACGAUCCAUAUCUGAUCCCAAAACAGCGUGGCAUUUAUCGGGAGGUUGAGAAUCCCAAUGCGACCAUCACUACCAGAGGAAUCAUUGAUCGUAUCAUUCAAAAUCGACUAGUGUAUGAAGAACGCCAAAGAAGGAAGAAUGCCAAAGCUGCCUUGGAGGCUGAACAAGAAGCUUUGAGAAAUGCAAAUUGAAUAAAAUAAGCCUUUUUUCUCAAACACAGUUUCAAUGGUCUUACGAACAAUUCUACACGAUCUUAAGCGUACACUCUUGGAUUCAUUCUAUAUCGCUUAUACUGUAUCGCAACAAUCAAUGCUUAUACAAAAUGGAUCUGGUCGGCUGCUGAACCACCCUGGAU